AUGUUAUUAUUAAUUACAUUGCUAUUGUUUGUGACAUUAAUAUUACAAUCACAAUGCGCUGAAAUACCUUGCAAUCAACAGUCUAUUGACAAACUCGAUGAUAAUGUAUUAAAAUUGACAACAUUUGGUGAUCCCAACAGAAAUUUGCCCAAUGAAAAGGAUGUUAUGGCUCAUUGCCAAGCCGACAGUGUUAUGAUAUCUUGGGGUAAAAACUACACUAAAACCUGUCUCAUCAACAGAAAAGAGGAGAUGAGUCAUCACGUAACCAAUCUAUUGAUGUUUUCAAUGAAAAAGGUUAUGAAUAAGAGAUGUCGAUCCGAGACAUCCCGUGCCGUGUUUAUCAAAGCAGGAAAGUGUGCCAACUCUUUGAAAGACGACACUAUUAAGUGCUGGAAUAAGUAUAUUAUUGAUACACAACAAGUGAAUAAAGCAAAGGGAACUAUCAUCAAAAAUGAUAAGCACUUAUUGCCAUUGAUUUGCUGUGCAUACCAUCGAUUUCACGACUGUUCAGUGGAUGCCUGGUCUAAAUCCAACGGUGCUGAACCAUGCAAUAGUAAAUCAGUGAGAGAGCUGGAGGGCUAUGUCAACGAUUCAAUGUACGAUAUCAUACAAUAUCUUUGCGGCGAUUAUCAAGAAAAUAGCGAUAGAUGUGAUAAUCUUAUCAAUCGAUACAAAGAGGUGUUCACUACAGUUAGGAUCAAUAAGAUAGCAAAGUCACCGUUGAGCGCAUCCAAUGAGAUAUUUAACUUUUUGCCACCGGUUUAA